AUGGAAGAAAGCCUACCUCCUGGGUUCAGGUUCCAUCCUACAGAUGAAGAACUCAUCACAUAUUAUUUGUUAAGGAAAGUGUCUGAUAUUAGCUUCACAUCCAAGGUUGUAGCAGUUGUUGAUCUCAAUAAAUCUGAACCUUGGGACCUCCCAGGGAAGGCUUCGAUGGGGGAGAAGGAAUGGUAUUUCUUCAGCUUGAAAGAUCGGAAAUACCCAACAGGGCUGCGAACGAACCGAGCGACAGAAUCAGGGUACUGGAAAACGACAGGAAAAGAUAAGGAAAUAUUUGGAGGUGGAGUUUUGAUUGGGAUGAAGAAAACUUUAGUCUUUUACAUGGGUAGAGCUCCCAGGGGGGAGAAAAGUAACUGGGUUAUGCAUGAAUACAGGCUUCAACACAAUCAACCCUUUAGAUCUUCUAAGGAAGAAUGGGUGAUUUGCAGAGUCUUCCAAAAGAGCUCAGCACCAAAGAAACCACAGCAGACAUCAUCCUCCCAACCAUCUCAAGAGUCCCCUACCUCAAUGGUCAAUGAAUUUGGUGAUGUUGACCUACCAAAUCUUAAUACCAUUGCAAAUUCAUCUAGUAGCUACACCAACAUUGCAGGACAAACUUACAACAAUGCUGCAGACCCCAGCAAUGUUUGCACAAACAUGAACUUGGCCAUGAAUUGGCCUUCUGCAACUGAGGUUCCAUCUCUCCCAUGGCCUUCUGGAUUAUUGCUGAAUCCCAACCUAUCUGUCAAUUCGUUGCUUCUCAGGGCAUUGCAGCUUAGGAGUACUUUUCCUCAAAGAGAACCUGCAACUAGUGAUCACUUUGCAACAUAUGUUCCUCAAACACUUCAUAAUAUUGGAACUGAUAAUCUCACUCCAAAUCUCAGUGUCUCAGCUUCUUCCAAAGCUUUAGAGUCUUGUGUGCCGCAGCAGGAGCAACCAUUCAAUAUGGACUCCAUUUGGUGA